GGUUACAAACUAGUGUGGUGAAUUGUAUUUCGCGAACAUGGUACCGUUAGCAGGAAUAGUAUUUUUGUGCAUCGCAGCCAGUGUGAGGUGUAGUGAUACGAACUCCAAUGCUACGAACUUCGCUGGGUUUACAUUCGAGGUACUGAUGGCAAAGGUAGACCACAUUCAGCACUUGUUCUUGGAACAUCAGCUUCAACUUAGCGAGCACCCAGCUGACACCAACAACAGUUUGAAUACAAUGCGUGAAGCAAUACUCGAUCUGCAGUCCUACAUGCCGUUCCGAUCGUGUAAAGAAGUUCCACAGAAUGUUUCCGGAGUAUAUUCUAUUCGGUUGGACUUUGAAAGUAGCCCUUUCAAAGUGUACUGCGAGCAGACUAAGUUUGGUGGAGGCUGGUUGGUGAUACAGUACGAAAUCGAUAGAUCGCUGGACUUCAAUCGCAAUUGGACCGAGUAUCGGGAUGGUUUUGGUGACAUAGAGCAAGAGUUCUGGAUUGGACUGGAACGAAUGUAUCAGCUGACAUCGAGGCGACCCUACGAACUGAUGAUUGAGGUUGAAACCCGCAGCGGCAAGCAUGCAUAUGGACGCUACGCAGCAUUCGAGGUCGGCAGUGAAACUGAACAAUAUAAACUGAAAACCAUUGGAGCGUACAACGGAACUGUUGUGGAUAUCCUAACACGCCAGAGAGAUAUGAAAUUCUCAACGUACGAUCGUGAUAAUGACAAAAUGGCCGGACAUAAUUGCGCUGAAAUUCAUCGAGGUGGUUGGUGGUUCAAUAGCUGUUACAUCAAGGGAUUGAACGAGAGAUUGAACAUGAACAUAAACCAAACAUUAUACGUAUUGACCUCUUCAAGAAUGAUGAUAAGACCCAUAAAAUAAUUGCUUCGUAAGUUUGCAAGCCAAAAACACAAUUUUAAUAUCGAACCAUUCAACUCGCUGAUACGUCUCAGUGAUGAAUGAUUCUCGGUAAAUAUGUUUUAGAAAUUACAAAAUGUAGAACUUUCUUCGAAUAAACUGCGGUUGAA